AUGGGGAUCCGAUUGAUGGGGAUAGCACAUGCAAAGCAAAAGCUGCAGAGAACUCUGUCAGCAAGAAUCAGAAUGGUCUCAGCCACAAUCAUUGAUGUCCCAAAAGGCCACUUUGUAGUUUAUGUUGGAGAAUUCAAGAAGAGGUUUGUGAUUCCUAUUGCUUACUUGAACUAUCCUUUAUUCCAAGACUUGCUAAACCUGGCUGAGGAAGAAUUUGGGUAUGACCAUCCCAUGGGUGGUCUCACUAUUCCAUGCAGUGAAGAAUACUUCAUCAGUUUAACUUCAGCUCUAAAUUCCUCAUCAUAA